CACAACAAAAGGACACCUCAGGCCACGCCCACUUCCUUUGCUGCGGAUCCCGCUCUGCCUCUGUGACGUCACAAAGGCACGCGCUCUGGCCCCGCCCACCAAGCCCCCGCCGGUAUAAAAGGCGGGCCGCUCUCGCGCGCCGCCUCAGAGGAGGCUCCGGCAAGGGGCGAGGAGGAAGCGUUAGCGCUGCCGAGGAGCGAAGUCUUUUGUAUGGUUGAGAAGCGGGAGGAAAAAAAAAGUUUUGCAAUUGCAGUUUUGUCUUCAGCGGGCAACAAUGCAUACUGCGAAGCCCAGGAUGGUGGUGCCUUAUGGCCUGAAGACACUACUUGAGGGAGUCAGCAGAGCUGUUCUCAAGGCCAGUCCACCCAACAUCACCGAAUUUGCUGCUAUCUAUUUCAGGGAGCUGAUACUUUUUCGAGAAGAACAUCCUAAUUUGGACAUUAAAGAUCUGGUGAGAGAAUUUCAUGCCACAAGAGUGGAAGGAUGGGCUGAAGGAACAGCCACAGCUGCACAAGUGCCCCGAUCCAAAAGGGCCGAUGUUGGAGAUGCAUUUCGUCCAGACUUGGAAACGGUACCAAUGCAUGGUGAACCCAAACGAAAAGAGAAAUCAACUGACACUGAAGAGGACCAGAUAAAUGAAGAACCUCUGCGUGAACUGAGCACCAAGACAACCCAAUUCCCGUCGGGUGUGGGUGAAUUUCUAGACAAGGCUGGGGAUGAAAAGGGAGCUGGACUUGCCUAUGUCCCUGCUGAUCCAGCCCAGCUAGCUGCACAGAUGCUAGGUAACGUUGAAACUGUUAGUUCUGAACCUGAAUUGAAGGAUGUGGCAAUUUCAGUGCAGACCCUUCCUACAUCAUCUCACAAUUCAGAGAAUAAUGUAGCUCCUGAAGCACUUGCAGAACCUGCACCAGCAGAGCCUGCAUCUGCCCCUGAGCCCGAAUUCGAACCUGAACCCGAACCCAUUUCUGAACCUGAACCCGAACCUGAACCUGAGCCCGAACCUGAACCUGAACCCGAGCUUGAGCUUGAGCCUGAGCCUGAGCCUGAACCCGAACCUGAACCCGAACCCGAACCUGCCCCGGUAGAAGCAGCUUUUGAAGAAGAAGCACCUUUCCCAGCAGAAGGAGAAGCAGAACUUGCCCCAGCCGAAAUGGCACCCGUGGGUUCAGCGCGCUCUCUCAGGGCUGAGUCAGCCACUCAGAGUCAUUCCUCCGUCCCUGGGGAAGUAGCUUUCUCAGGCAGUCAGGCUGAGCAACCACCUGCUGACGCUGACGCAGUAGAUCCUGAUGCCCCAGACCCCUUUUUAGAAGAACAGCCACCCCCGCCAGCACCACCACCUCCUCCCGAUAAAGACCCAUUGAAAGCUGAUACUUGUUCGAGCGAAAUUGAGCUCACAUCCGAUAUACAUCUUACACCCAUGUGCGAUGAUGACCCUGAGGCUGGUGGAGAGCCCCUACCACCGCCUUAUGUAGAACAGUUUCCACAGCAGAUAGUCAUUCCCUUCGUAGACACGGUAGCAUGUCUCUUAGAUCCUCUAACAGCUAAACUAAAUGCAGGCCAGUUGUCUAGCAUUCUAGAUCCAUCUGCAGAUGAUGCAGAAUGUGACCCUAACAGGAUGGAUACUCCAGAGCAACUGAAAUCAGCUGACCCAGGUUUAAUUAUGUCAGUUGCCAUACCACUGGAAGAUGUGAUGGCUGGGAAGAAGGGCUCUGGCGCUGGGGAUAAAGCACCCUUUGCGGGCAGUUAUGGGAUAGCAGGAGAAAUCACAUUUACUACUGCUUCAGUACGCAGGACAGAAUAGAGUAAAGAUUGAGAAGAAGUGCUGCUGCCCAACAUUUCACCCCAGAAUGGAAACCUGCAUCUUUAAUUAAAAUAUUAACUAGUACAAGCAAAUAAAACAAUGCAAGUGAUCUGAA